AUGGAGUUGAUGGCGGAUCUCUUCCCAUCGUCUACGACGGAACAAGCCGAUGAGAAAACUGAUCACUCGAGCCGCAUUUGUCCUAUAGUAUAUGACAUUGUCGAUAAAGAAGCUGACGUUUCUUUAAACCCAAAUUAUUUCGAUGGUUUUAAUUGGAACUACUCCCCAGCCUUUUCUUAUAAAAACUUUGAUAUCAGUUCAUCGAUGGGGCCAGAACAUUAUGCUUUUGAUGCUUCCUACAAUUUCCAAGAGGUCGUCUUGUUUAAAGGAAUUGUUACUCAUGAUAGACUAACUGCGAGUGUGAUAGCCCCUAUCAUGAGCAAGCAGUUGUUUAUGAUUUCAUUGUUUGAUCUGAGAGAGGCACGUUUGUACGACACACUACUCGGCUUUGAUUACGUGACUCCAAACAAUAGAGCUCAAGUUCAUCUCUGGGGCACGGGUCUAAUUCGAGCAACAUAUAUCAAGCGUGUGACACCCCGUCUAUAUUUGGCUGGUCGUGUCUCAUCUUCGGGUGGUCAUUUCUUCUGGACCAGGGAGCCUCAAGAGACGUCUGUAGGCUAUGCUGCAAGAUACGAGACCGAUAAGAUGGUCGCCUCUGCUAAAGCUGAAAGCAGUGGUGAUGUACUUAUGACCUACGUUCAUAAGAUUUCAAAGAAGGUUUCACUCGCCACUGAUUUUGUGUACAACUGCUUUUCAAGAGAUGUUAAAGCUAGUGUUGGCUAUGACUACAAUUCUAGACUGUCUCGUGUCCAGGGAAAGAUUGAUUCUGACGGUGUUGUAUCUGCACAUCUUCAAAGACAAUUAAAUGAGGGACUCAGGUGUAUUCUAUCUGCAACUUUGGAUCUUAAGAACAUGGCUCACAGGCUUGGUUUGCGCUUAACAUAUGGUUAA